CUCGACGCCCACCUCUGUGAGCCGCAACCAAAGGAACAGAUCAUCCCAUACUCAGAUGCAAUCUUCUGCGAGGCCGCCAUUGAAUGGCUGAUUGAAACUGACCAGCCUAUUGACGCACUCAACCACAAGUCCUUCAAAUAUAUGAUCGAUGUAGCAGCACGAGCUACCAACGGUGUCAAGCUACCUAGUCGACCAAAGACGUGCCGAGCCAUUAUCGACCUCUUCAAGCGUAAUCUCACCAACCUUCGCCGACAGUUACUUGUUAGUCAUUUGUUGAUUUUUUUUGUU